CCAGAAAAAGAUAGAGAGAAGAAGAUGAUGAUGAACAAGAAAGAGAGAGGUUCAAUACUUGAAAUAUUCAGAUAUGCUGAGUGGACUGAUGUAAUGCUUAUGUUGUUGGGUGCUUUGGGAGCAAUAGGAGACGGCAUGUCCACAAACGUUUUGCUUGUGUUUGCUAGCCGCAUCAUGAACAGCUUAGGUUAUGGGAAUACUCAAAAACAAACUAAUGGUGGGAAUUUUUCCAUGGCCGAGGUUGAGAAGUGCAGCUUAUAUUUUGUGUACUUGGGAUUAGCAGUCAUGGCGUUAGCCUUCAUGGAAGGGUAUUGCUGGAGCAAAACAAGCGAGAGGCAGGUGUUGAGAAUUCGGUACAAGUAUUUGGAAGCCGUGCUGAGACAAGAAGUGGGAUUCUUCAAUUCACAAGAAGCAACUACUUCAGACAUCAUAAACAGCAUAUCAAAGGAUACUUCUCACUUCCAAGAACUUCUCAGUGAAAAGGUGCCUCUAUUUUUGAUGCAUUCAUCAUCAUUCAUCUCAGGGAUCGCCUUCUCAACGUACUUCUCAUGGAGACUGGCCAUAGUAUCCUAUCCAACACUGCUUCUUCUGAUAAUACCGGGAAUGCUUUAUGGGAAAUACCUAAUCUACUUGUCAAACAAGUCCCACAAAGAGUAUGGCAAGGCAAACGCCAUUGUAGAGCAGGCUUUAAGCUCUAUAAAGACUGUUUAUUCGUUCACAGCAGAGACAAGAAUCAUGGAGAGAUAUUCUGCAAUACUUGACAGAAUCUCAAGGCUUGGAAUCAAACAAGGCAUAGCCAAAGGUUUGGCUGUGGGAAGCACUGGCUUGUCCUUUGCUAUAUGGGCGUUUCUGGCUUGGUAUGGAAGUCGUUUGGUUAUGUACAAGGGUGAAAGUGGAGGAAGGAUUUAUGCAGCGGGAAUUUCCUUCAUCAUGAGUGGGCUAUCACUUGGAGUUGCACUUCCUGACCUUAAGCACUUCACAGAAGCAUCUGUUGCAGCAUCAAGAUUAUUUGAUAUGAUUGACAGAAUACCAACAAUUGAUAGUGAAGACACAAGAGGACUUGUGUUAGAUUGCAUAACUGGCAAGUUAGAGUUUGAGCAUGUGAAAUUCACCUACCCCUCACGUCCAGAUACAAUUGUUCUUAAGGAUUUCAAUCUCACAGUUGAAGCUGGCACAACUGUGGCUCUUGUUGGUGCAAGUGGGAGUGGUAAAUCCACAGCAAUAGGAUUAGUACAGAGAUUUUAUGAUGCAGAUGAAGGUUUUGUGAAGGUUGAUGGUGUAGACAUAAGAAGCCUACAAUUGAAAUGGAUAAGAGGAAAAAUGGGACUUGUGAGUCAAGAGCCAGCACUAUUUGGGACUUCAAUAAAGGAGAAUAUUAUGUUUGGUAAGCCAGAUGCUACAAUGGAGGAAGUAAUUGCUGCAGCCAUGGCUGCCAAUGCUCAUAACUUCAUCAGGCAGCUUCCUGAAGGUUAUGAAACUAAAAUUGGAGAAAGAGGGGCUCUUCUAUCAGGUGGACAAAAGCAGAGAAUAGCUAUUGCAAGAGCCAUCAUUAAGAAUCCUGUGAUUCUCCUUCUUGAUGAAGCAACUAGUGCUCUUGAUUCUGAAUCAGAACUACUAGUUCAGAAUGCACUUGAUCAGGCCUCCAUGGGAAGGACCACUUUGGUUGUUUCUCACAAGCUAUCAACAGUUAGAAAUGCAGACCUCAUAGCAGUUGUCAAUUGUGGCUGCAUCAUCGAAAUAGGAACUCACAAUGAACUCCUCAACAGCGAAGAUGGGCACUAUGCUAAACUAGCAAAGUUGCAAUUCAGUUGUGAUGAACAUUUGCAGAACCCGGACCAGAUUAUUUCUUCUGUAGCAAGAAGCAGUGCUGGUAGACCAAGUACUGCAAGGUCAAGCCCUUCAAUUUUCCCAAAAUCACCAUUGCCUGAUGCUACCCCACCACUUGAGUCUCACCCUCCACCUUCUUUACCACGUCUUCUUUCUCUGAAUGCUCCUGAAUGGAAACAAGGUCUGGUUGGAAGCCUCUCAGCUGUAGCCUUUGGCUCAAUUCAACCCAUAUAUGCCUUAACCAUUGGGGGUAUGAUUUCUGCAUUUUUUGUUGAAAGCCAUGAGGAAAUGCGUCAUAGGAUUAGAACUUAUUCCUUUAUUUUCUCUUCAUUAUCCCUUGCUUCUAUAAUUCUCAAUCUCUUCCAACACUAUAAUUUUGCCCAUAUGGGAGAGAAAUUAACAAAGAGGGUCAGAUUACAAAUGCUAGAAAAGAUCUUAACCUUUGAAACUGCCUGGUUUGAUGAGGAACGAAACUCUAGUGGGGCCUUAUGUUCAAGGUUGAGCAAUGAGGCUUCCAUGGUGAAGUCACUCGUUGCGGAUCGCGUCUCUUUAAUGGUUCAAACCACUUCUGCUGUAACAAUUGCAAUGAUCAUAGGGCUUAUUGUGGCUUGGAAGCUUGCACUUGUUAUGAUAGCUGUACAACCACUGACAAUACUUUGUUUCUAUACAAGAAAAGUGUUGCUCUCCACACUUUCAACUAAUUUUGCCAAGGCUCAGAAUCAUAGCACACAAAUUGCAGUAGAAGCUGUUUAUAAUCAUAAAAUUGUAAUUUCCUUUGGAAGCAACAAGAAAGUUGUACAACUAUUUGAUGAAGCUCAAGAGGCACCAAGGAAGGAAGCCAGAAAGAAGUCUUGGCUAGCCGGGAUUGGAAUGGGUUCGGCUCAGUGCCUAACUUUCAUGUCAUGGGCUUUGGAUUUCUGGUAUGGUGGGACAUUAGUUAAGAAAGGAGAAAUAUCAGCGGGGGAUGUGUUCAAGACAUUUUUUGUAUUGGUGAGCACAGGCAAAGUCAUAGCUGAAGCUGGAAGCAUGACUUCUGAUCUUGCCAAGGGUUCAGCAGCAGUGGCAUCUGUUUUUGCGAUUCUCGAUAGACAAUCAUUAAUCCCAAAGGGUGGGAAUGUCAUUAAUGGGUGCAAAUUGAUCAAAAUAAGAGGAAAGAUAGAGAUGAAAGAUGUUGAUUUUGCUUACCCAAGCAGGCCAGGGACUCCAAUACUGAGAAAAUUUUGCUUGGAGGUGAAGUCAGGAACAAGCAUAGGAGUAGUAGGGAAAAGUGGGAGUGGAAAAUCAACAGUGAUAGCUUUAAUUCAGAGAUUCUAUGAUGUUCAGAGAGGGUCUAUCAAAGUGGACGGUAUAGACAUAAGAGAACUAGACAUUCAGUGGUACAGGAAACACACAGCACUGGUUAGCCAAGAACCUGUAAUCUACUCAGGAAGCAUACGAGACAACAUCUUAUUUGGAAAGCAAGAAGCAACAGAAGGUGAAGUUGUGGAAGCUGCAAGAGCUGCUAAUGCUCAUGACUUCAUUUCGUCACUGAAAGAUGGGUAUGAAACAGAAUGUGGAGAAAGAGGAGUACAACUAUCAGGAGCAAAGCAGAGAAUAGCAAUUGCAAGAGCCAUAAUUAGAAACCCAACAAUACUUCUGCUAGAUGAAGCAACCAGUGCCUUAGACGUUGAAUCAGAACAAGUGGUACAAGAAGCACUUGAUAGAAUAAUGGUGGGUAGAACUACCAUCGUGGUGGCACACAGACUUAACACCAUUAAGGAGCUUCAAUCCAUUGCCUAUGUUUCAGACGGCAAGGUUCUUGAACAAGGAACCUAUUCACAGCUUUGGCACAAGAAAGGCGCUUUCUUCAACCUUGCUAGCCAUCAAUCUUAAGUUUCAUGGUUUGCUGAUGGCUUUGUCUAUUGGGCUUAAUAGGCUCCAUGAUAUUGAGCUUGAGGCUCUCUUUUUCAGCUUAGUAUGCUUUCUACCCCAAUAUAUGUAUUAUAAGUGGGCUAGAAGCCUAGAACAGAUGUAUGAAGAUGUAGUAUGGGUCCAGGUUGAAAUCAAAAGUAGUGAUCUUUUUAACAAGAAAAGAAAAAUAGUAAUAUUUGUAAGGCAGUUUGAUCUGGUGAGGUAUAUAUAAUAUAAAGUUUUCUAA